AUGGCGCGGCGCUACUAUUGCCUGCGUAAAGUGAUCGUCUGUGUGUGCACCCCAUGCAUCUUGCUGGUCCUGCUAUUCUUCUACAUAACUAUCGUGGUCUGCUUGUCCAUGAAUAACAAUGCAACCCCGGGGAUCGUGGGUAAAAGUAGCAGUCACUUCAUAGCCUCAGGAACUUAUAGAAACAAGAGCUUUUCCCCAUUCCCUAAAACUUUCUGGGAGCUCCACUGGCAAGGUGAUGCCUACUGGAACCGGCUCCAGCUGGCGAUAGACCGCAAUUUCAACCCCAUCUUGCGCCCCAACAACAAUGUGAAGAGGCGAUUUCAAAACAGUAAGUUUCACGAGUCCCUGCUGUGGAAAAGUUUCUCUGAAGUUAGCGAUUUGGACAGCAAAAGUGGAGAGUUUCAAAAGCUGCCGCAGCAGAUGCAGGACUUUGUGAGCCACAUGCAAAGGAGGGACUAUCCAAUCCUCAACCAGCCAGACGGAGUGUGUGGAGCCGGGGCAAAGGGCGAGAAGGAGCCACCUCUGCUUCUACUGGCCAUCAAGUCAACUGAGUUCAAUUUUAAAAGCCGGCAGGCCAUUAGACAAACCUGGGGCCAAGUUGGAUGGAUAGCAGGAGGGAAGAGGAACAAUAGUGAGGGAAAAGAAAGUGGAGGGUACGUUCGUAGGGUGUUUCUGAUAGGCAAAGAAGACCCUCAAGAGCUGGGUGUGGAUACAACAGAGCUACUAAAGCUGGAGAGUAAACAUUAUGGAGACAUUCUGCAGUGGGACUUCAAGGACACGUUUUUUAACCUCACCCUGAAGGAUGUGCUCUUCUGGAGCUGGUUCACACAAUUCUGUAACCAGAUCCAAUUUGUCUUUAAGGGGGACGACGACGUCUUUGUCAACUCCCUGAAUAUGAUAGCCUUCCUCCAGGACCAGCUCGAUAUGCCACAAGCACACAAGACCUUACAAGACUUCAUGGUUGGAGAUGUCAUAGGGGCAGCCUUACCCAGCAGAGUCAACAAGUCCAAGUACUUUAUUCCUGACAGCUUCUACAAGGGCCUGUAUCCUAUGUAUGCAGGCGGUGGAGGAGUGCUUUACUCAGGACUGCUGGUCAAACGCCUGCACAGCAUCUCUAAAAGGGUUCACAUGUUCCCCAUUGACGAUGUUUAUGUCGGGAUGUGUAUGUAUCGGCUUAACGCUCACCCUGUUCACCACCCAGCCUUCCUCACGUUUGACUUCCCUGCAAAGGAAGAGGAGGCGGUGUGUUCUUACCACAGAAUCCUACUGGUUCACAAACGAAGCCCCGUCCAGGUAGUCAGACUUUGGGCUGAUGUGAAACAGACACAGAGACAGUGUUGGGACGUGCCCCUCAGAGAUGGAAACAAGAAAAAAAAAAAAACACUGAGUGCAACUUCACAGUGA